AGGACGCCGUCGACCAGAUUCUUACUCAGUUGGUCUUAAGUGAGGACGCAGAAUUCGCAAGACAAAACGCAGUAUUCUUGAACGUCCACCCCAAAACAACCCUCACUGAGUUCACGUAGAGCGACCGCGACUUGUUUUCCUCCUUGGCUCAGACACCGUGACAAGAUCCCAGCCGCCAUGGGGAAGUGCGUAUCCAAGAACCGGGGAGAGAAGGAACUGCAGCCGAUAGAUGUCGAGCCCGUGGCGAACGCCAGAACCGUGCGGUCAGUCGGUAACGGGCCCGGCCCUCGCAGGCUCACACUUCUGGCAGAGGACCUCGACCGCUGUCUGCAGGUGUCUGACGUGUAUUUCCGGCUGUCGCACAACCGUCGCGCUCACCACACGGAGGAGUACGAGAGUUUCCAGCUCAUCGUGCGGCGUGGGGAACCCUUCCAGCUCUGCCUCGCGUUCGACAAGCCAUACACCGAGGAAAACUCGCAACUCACGUUGGAGUUCCACACAGGUGACGCCCCAAAGAUCAGUGACGGCACGUUGGCCCGGGUCCCGGUGGACAGUCCCCUGGGCGGUACGUCAUGGGGGGCAAAGGUCACGGACAAGGGGCUGAAGACCGUCGACCUGUUAGUCCAGGCACCGCCCAACGCUAUCGUCGGAAAGUACAGCAUAGUUGUAGAGACGAUACUAGACGGACACAAGUAUCGGACGGAAAAGGACCCGUACUCACACAUCUACAUGCUCUUCAACCCAUGGUGCAAGGAUGAUUCUGUGUACCUGAACGACGAGGAACAGCUGCAGGAAUACAUCAUGAACGAGUCCGGAAUCAUCUACGUCGGUAACAAGAGACAAGUCAUGGAGAGGCCCUGGAACUUCGGACAGUUUGAGAUGCCAGUUCUGGACGCCUCGCUUGAGUUGUUGGACAAAGCCAAGUUUCCACACAGGGCACGGUGGGACCCAGUAAGGAUCGUCAGAGUCGUCUCCAAAAUGGUGAACAGUCAGGACGAGGACGGGGUGUUGGUCGGGAACUGGUCGGGGGAGUACGAGGACGGCAUCCGCCCGAGCGCCUGGAACGGUAGCGUGGAGAUCCUGCAGCAGUACUACGACAAGAAGGAGCCCGUCUGCUUCGGGCAGUGCUGGGUCUUCUCAGGAGUUACCACUUCAGUCCUCCGCAGCCUGGGCAUCCCGGCCCGCAGUGUGACGAACUUCGCCUCGGCGCACGACACGGACGGGAACCUGGUGGUCGACAUCCACUACGACGAGGAGUUCACACCCAUCGACUACCUCAACACGGACUCAACCUGGAACUUCCACGUGUGGAACGAGGCGUGGAUGACCAGACCGGACCUGCCUGCUGGGUACGGCGGCUGGCAGGCGUUCGACGCCACGCCUCAGGAGACAAGCGAGGGCCAGUUCCGGUGCGGCCCGGCGUCUGUCCACGCCAUUAAGAACGGCCAUGUUUACUAUGGUUACGACGCCAAGUUCAUCUUCGCAGAGGUCAACGCCGACAGUAUCUCGUGGGUGUGUCCCGAGGACCGGCCCAUGUACCAGGUGUUUCAGCAGAAGAGAGGUAUCGGAGUGAAGAUCAGCACCAAGGCGGUAGGAACGGACGAGAGAGAAGACAUCACGGAACACUACAAGUUCUCCGAGGGGACCGAGGAAGAGCGACUGGCCGUUGAAAAAGCCGUUAGCCACGGCAGCAGACCGCACACGUACGGCGAGAGGCCGGAGAAGGCGGACGUCGAGUUCUCCAUCAACGCUCCCAAAGAGGUCAUCGUAGGUCACGACUUCACGGCCAGCGUCACGCUCCGUAACCAUAGCAACCAGGAGAGGAACGUCAGCAUGUUCCUGACGGCGCAUACCAUGUACUACACGGGGGUGCCUGUCGCACAGUUCCACAAGGAGAAAUUCGUGGUGACGCUACAACCAAAUGGACAAAUGACGCUACACGCACAGAUCGAGCCGGCCCAGUACAUGGCGUAUCUGGUGGACCAGGGCGCCAUCAAGCUCAACCUGCUGGGGCGAGUCAGGGAGAACAAGUGCACGUUCGCCGGGCAGACAGACUUCCGAUUCAGCGUGCCCAGGCUCAACAUUCACAUCCCAGCAAGAGAGAGGUCUGACUUCCCAGUCGGAGAAGAGUUUGUUGUGGAACUGUCUUUCAAGAACCCCCUAGCGGUCAAACUUACUAACACAGAAUUCCACAUCGAAGGACCGGGAAUCCAGAAACCAAAAUGCAUUUCAUACAGAGAUGUUCGACCUCUGGAGGCUGCCAGGACGUUAGUGACCAUGAAGCCUGUCCGGCCGGGAAACAGGAAGAUCAUUGCAAACUUCCAGUCCAAACAACUCCACGACGUACAGGGACACUUGGAAAUACUGGUCACAGAGGAUGAAGUUAUAGAAGAGUGACACACUUGUUCGUAGUCAGAAAUAGUCACAAGUGUAUGUUUCAUUUCUAUUGCUGUAAAAGGACAUUUAAAGAAGUGGGGGGAAGGCUAUACAAGAAAGUAUCUGAUUGUUCUGUUGCAGACAAGUAUUAAGGUUGUUGAAGGGCUGAUAUUUCCACAAACACAAGUCCAUUUUAAAUACCAUACAUAGAGAAUUGUCUUUUUAUGUACUGGAGAAUAAAAUGCAAUCAUUCCUCUUCUGAAACAGGAGGCAUCCAUCCAUAAAGCAGAUUCUUAGAUUUUAUCAGUCACUAGAGGCUACUUUAGUUGUAAGACCUACUGUAUUUCUGUUAAUGUAACUGUCCAUGUAUCAUGAGACAUGUCACCCUCAUAGGCAAUAUAAAUCAUAAUAAACCAUUUGUUUUUCACCU